AGUCCAGUUCUUGUGUUGUGUUCAAAAAAGUGAUAAACGGUGAUGGAGAGCAGCGGCGGAGCGAGCAAGCGCAACUGGACGGAGGCGGUGGAAGACCUACUGCAUGACGGUGAAGUCGAGCAAGCCAUUUCUCUUCUUGAAUCCACAGUCUCCAAUCUUGAAAACGAAUUAGAAAAGGAAGAACUUGAGAAUAAAAAUGGUGGAGAAUUCUCGUCCUCCACAGCUGAUCAGUUGUCUACUGCUCUUCAAGACUUGUCGAAGCUUUAUUCUGCUAAAGGCUACUCUCUAAGAGCCGAUGAAAUUCUCUCUCGUGCACUCCAAGUCAAACACACAAAAGGCCCAGAAAAACAAUACUCGGAACACAGAAAGAUGGUAGAAUCUUGCGGGAUUGCUAGUUUCUGGCUGGAGAACGUUCAACUUCAGUUUUUGAUGUUCUUGCAAAUUUUCUUGCUAACUAUAUUUCCAGAAGCUCGGCUUUCGCAAAAUGAUGCUGCUACUUCUGCAAAACAAGGCUGUGAUGUGAAUACUUCAAACUUACAGGAUGAUGGCUUCCCACAGGAGAGCUGUUCAGAAGAUGACUGGGAAGCUCUUGCAGAUCGGUCUCCAGAGGAGUUACUUCCAUCAGAAUGUUUGCCAGGGGUGUCUGAACUCUCCCUGGAAGACUCAAAAGCUCAAGAGAGAAGGAGACGAGGAAGGGGAACAUUCUCAUACAAUACACAGGGCCUGUACAGUGAUAACAAGUCUGAUGAACCUGUUAUUGAUGACUCUGAAAGUAGUUCUGUCGCCGAUGCUGAAGACCAGGAAAAAAGAACUCUAUUGUAUGGUUCACACCAUGUUCUUGUGCUGUCUGGUUUCCCCCCAAGCAUUCGGACAACUGACCUAGAGAAGCUGCUGGAAAAAUUCAAAGAGAGUUUUGUGAUUCGCUGGGUGAAUGAUAGGACAUCACUUGCAGUGUUUAAAACACCAUCUAUUGCUCUUGAGGCCAGUAACUCCAUCCAAUGGCCAUUUAAUGUACGUGUACUUCAAGAGGACGAUCAACUUUUGCGCUCAAUUCCACCAAGAGAUCUGGAGCCGCCCCGUCAGAGGCCUCCGACAUCGGCAAGGACUGCUCAAAGAAUGAUCGCACAGGGAAUGGGAAUAAGACUGCCUACAACCUUUGGAUCAGCAGAACUCAGGAGACAAGAAGAAGCCAGGAGAAACCGCCUUGCUGCCAGACAAAACAUGAGGGACGAGGCUUGGGGUGAUGACGAAGGCGAUGCAAAGUAGCAAAGAUUCUACCCUUUUUUUUUUUCAUCUUACUAACAUGAUUUCACCCUUGUGGUUUUUACCUGUUUGACGGUGUGUGUAAGAGUUUUACCAGAUAGGAAAUGAGGAGUAGAACGUAUUGAAGGGGUGAUUGAUACAAGUUGAUUGAAAUUGGAAACUACAAUUGUUGAUUGAAACAUUGACUGUUGAAGAAGAUUGUGAUGGGAAGAAAAUAAAAAGUAAAACAUGAUUGUCUUGCAUCAGACUGCAUGCUUUCGACUUGGACCACAAAGCAGACUUUU